GCUUCUUAAAGAAAUGGGAACUAGUUAAAGAAGCCUGGCUAAAACCAAAAUUUCGUCAAAAUGGCUCCGUCUUCAAAAGGACUCAAUGGCAAGUUAGAAAAGCCGAAAAGUGCUUUACAAGCAAUUGUAUUGUCGGAUUCCUAUAACUAUCGGUUUCGUCCUUUAACAUUGGAUAAGCCAAGAUGCCUUCUUCCAUUGGCAAAUACUCCUUUAAUUGAGUAUACAUUUGAAUUUUUGGCCCUAGCUGGUGUACAAGAGGUUUACGUUUUUUGUUGCGCUCAUGCUGAUCAGAUUCGUGCAUAUAUUGAAAAUUCCAAGUGGAACUUGGCUUCCUCUCCCUUUAGUGUUCACACGAUUGUCUCUCGGGAAUCUCUAUCUGUUGGUGAUGCACUUCGCGAGUUAGACUCUAAACAAUUAAUCACUUCUGACUUUAUCCUAGUUUCGGGUGAUGUAGUUUCCAACAUACCUCUAAAGGACGUUUUGGAAGAACAUCGAGCUAGAAGGGAAGUUGACAAAAAUGCGAUCAUGACAAUGGUUGUCCGUGAAGCUAGUCCCCACCAUAGGACUAGAGCAAGCACAGAAAGCUCUGUUUUCGUUAUUGACAAGAAAACAAGUCAGUGUGUUCACUACCAAGCUAAUGAGCGUGGAAAACACUAUGUCUCAAUGGACCCAGAGAUUUUUAACGAGCAUGAAGAACUUGAAAUUCGAAACGAUUUAAUUGACUGUCAAAUUGAUAUUUGCUCCAACGAUGUUCCUGCUCUUUUCACUGAAAAUUUUGACUACCAAGACAUUCGGAAAGAUUUUGUCUAUGGCGUCUUGACCUCUGAUUUACUUGGUAAGAGUAUCCAUUGUCAUGUAGCCAAAGAAAACUAUGCUGCUCGUGUUCGCAGUUUACAAACUUAUGAUGCUAUAAGUAAAGACGUUAUUUCUCGUUGGGUGUAUCCCUUCGUUCCUGAUAGCAAUUUAUUGAAUCAAAGCUUUACAUACCAACGUUAUCAGAUUUACAAAGAAGAUGAUGUUGUUUUGGCUCGCUCUUGUGAAAUUAAAGCUUGUACACUCAUAGGUGCCUUUACCAAAGUUGGUGAUGCAUCAAUCGUUGCAAAUACGGUGAUCGGAAGAAACUGCAUAAUUGGAAACAAUAGCAAUAUCGAUGGUGCUUUCCUUUGGGAGAACGUAAAAGUCGGCGACAAUUGCAAAAUUGGAAAAGCUAUCAUUGCAAAUGAUGUACAGAUCGGUCAUAAUUGUACUAUCGAAGAUGGUGCUAUCCUUGCUGCCGGUGUUAUUAUUGGCGACAACGUUAGUGUUACUGAAAACUUGCGUUUAACUCUUCAUGAAAGCCACUCACAAGGAAUACCUAAUGACGAUGCGUUGGUAGGAGAAGGUGGUUUGGGUCAAGAAUACCAUGCAGAAGCCGAAUCUGAAGAUGAAGAGGAACUUAUGGAGGCUUCUGGUCUCAUACAUCGUGUGGAAGAUCUUAAUCUUUCUGACUCGGAAAUCUCAGAGCUUUCUUCUUCCUCUGAAGAAGAUAUGGAUUUCAUACCAUUUUCCGCCAGACGCGAUUCAACUAAUACCAUCAACUCUGAUGACUUUGAUGAGGGUGAUUUUAACAAAGAAGCUCAACAAAGUAUUGAGCGUGCCUUUGAAGAAAACCAUUCUAUCGAGAUCGCUGCAUUAGAAUUGAAUACGCUUAGAAUGGCUAUGAAUGCUAACUAUCAUGAAGUUCGUUCGGCUAUUAUCCUUGCAAUUUUGAAACGGAUUUCCUUUGUUGAUGCCCCUCCUAAGGAAGCUAUUUCAAAGGUUAUGACCCGCUGGGGUCCUCUCCUUGUAAAGCUUACGUUUAAUCAUGAUGAGCAAGUUGAUAAUCUGUUCACUUUACAAAAGUAUUGUAUCCGUUUAAGUAUGGAUAAACAAUUUUUGCAAUUGUUGGGAUUUUUCUAUCAACUUGAAAUUGCGGAAGACGAUGCUGUCUUGGACUGGUAUAACGAUUCACGAUCAACCGAAGGUGAGACAGCAGUUUUGAGAAACACCUAUGGCAAGCAAUUUGUCGACUGGCUUAAUACUGCUGAAAGUGAAAGUGAAGAGGAGGACGAUGAAGAAGAAGAAGAUGAUGAAGAAGAGUAACCUAAGCUAUACAUAUUUUGGAAAAAAUUACACUUUGACGUUACCUAAAUAAGGGUUUUUGGUUUUUAACAAAAAAAAAGAAGAAUCAAGUUGAAGUAUAUGGAAUUUCGGGGGUUUUAAAAUAUGAGAUAUCAGUUUAGAAUGGCAUGAAUACAAAAAUAAUAGCAAAUUGAUAUUGCAUAUUUAGGUUAUUUGGGCUUAAACAUUAAGGAAUGAAUGUAUAAGCUUUAAAAGACUUCAAGAGGAUACAUAAAGCAACGGUAUAAUCUAUUAAAUCCUUAAUAUUUAUAAUAUUCUUUUUCUCUCCCAAAAAAAGCAAACAAGAAAUAGAAUUCUAAACUAUAUUCAAUAAUAAAAACCUAUAGAAAAAUCAUAACCAGA